UGUCCCCUGGUUCCUCAGUUAUUAUAGUAGAUUAUAUCAUAACUGAUGGUUUAUAUGUCACUCUUCCUAUGUAAACUGAAAUUCUUGAGGGUAGUGAUUGUAUCUGCUUCAUCAUUAAAUUUCCAGCUUUUAACAAGUGUCCAGACAUGGGAGUAGCUCAACACAGUCAACAAGAGAAUGAAAAAAGGACCAUCGCAUCUGUAUCUGCUGAUGGCAUAAACAUAACGCUUACCAACCCACUGAAUUAUACACACUUAGGAAUCACUGUCACACUCCCUGAUGGAACUUUAUUUGAAGCAAGAGCAGAAGUUGGAAUUCUUACAAGAAAUAUCUUAAUAAAAGGAUCUAGUAAUAUAGAGUGGAAUGACAAAAUUCCAGCAUGUCCUGAUGGAUUUGACACAGGUGAAUUUGCUACACAGACAUGUCUUCAAGGAAAGUUUGGAGAAGAAAUAGGAAGUGACCAGUUUGGAGGCUGCAUUAUGUUUCAUGCUCCUGUACCUAGUGCUAAUACGGUAACCGGAAGAAUAGAAUAUGUAGAGGUAAGAGACAUUGUUAUUAAACUAUAGUGGUUUCCCAAUGGCAAUUAAAACAACAACAACAAAUAGUUGUUAAAUUAAUAAAUGAAAUGAAUGGUCACAAAUCAAAUGAUUAAGAGAACGAAGAGGAAUAGUAAAUACAGAUUCUUACAGGAAGUCUGAGGUGGGAGGUAUCAAAAUAAGGUAUAGAGGUUGGGAAAGUUUUCAGAGUAGGACUAGCAUUCAAGUGAGAUCCCAAGCAGCCAGAUCUCUCUGUUGGAAAAGAUAGUGUCGGGAGACACUGCAAAUAGAAC